AUGAGGAGACCCGGUGAAUAUGCAAAUUGCUCACUAGUGGAAGUUGUGGAUGUGAUCCUGUAUGAAGACGAUGAGACCCUGAACACCAAAGAUCCAUUGGGAGCUUGCUUGACAAAUUUAGAGGAGAUGGAUGGUGAAGGAUUGGCAGAGUGGGUUAUGGAACUUGAAGGCCAAGGAUUUUGGAAGAGGGAGCCUGAGUUCGAGCCCCUUGAGUAUGCUUUCUUGGGUCCCAAUUCUACUUUGCCUGAUAUUAUAUCAUAUGGGUUGCUAGCUGUGCAGGUAGAACAAUUACUGCAGGUGUUGCAGGAAUGCAAAACUGCUAUUGGUUGGACCAUGGCAGACAUAAAGGGUAUCAGCCCGGCCUUCCGCAUGCACAAGAUUCGUCUAGAAGAAGGACACAAACCUUAUAGGGAAAGGCUGAACCCGAAUAUGAAGGAGGUAGUGAAAAAGGAGGUAAUCAAGUGGCUGGACGCGGGCAUCCUCUUUCCCAUCUGUAACAGCAAUUGGGUAAGUCCCGUCCAGUGUGUACCGAAAAAUGGUGGAAUGACAGUUGUACAAAAUGAGAAGAACGAGUUGAUCUCAACUCGUACAGUCACAGGGUGGCGGAUUUGCAUGUAUUACAGGAAAUUAAGCGCAGCCACUCGAAAGGACCAUUUCCCCUUACCCUUCAUUGACCAGACGUUAGACAGUGAUUAUGCUAUAGGAGCAAUUUUCGGGCAGCGAAAGGAGAAAAUUAUGCACCCAAUUUACUAUGCAAGCAGGACGCUUAGCGGUGCACAGCUGAACUACACGGUCACGGAAAAGGAAGUGCUCGCUGUAGUGUUUGCCUUCGACAAAUUCAGGUCAUAUCUUAUCGGCUCAAAAGUUAUUGUUUAUACUGACCGUGCAACCAUUAGGUACCUGAUAGCAAAGAAGGAGUCAAAGCCCCACUUGAUUCGCUGGGUUCUGUUACUACAUGAAUUUGACCUGGAGAUUCGUGAUCGAAAGGGGACAGGCAAUCAAGUAGCAGACCACCUCUCGAGGUUGGAAGGGGCAGAGAAGAGAGCAGAGGUUGAAGAUAUCAUUGAGACAUUCCCGGAUGAGCAAUUACUUGCUAUGAAAAUAGAGGAGGCACCAUGGUAUGUUGAUAUUACUAAUUACUUAGCAUGUGGUAUUGUACCUCAUGAUCUCUCCUCAAUUCAAAAGAAGAAAUUUUUCCGUGAUUGUCGUGUGUAUUAUUGGGAUGAACCCCUAUUGUUCAAAAUAUGUGUUGAUAACAUGAUCUGGCGGUGUAUCCCCGAGCAAGAUCGGCCCUCUGUUUUACAGGCUUGCCAUGCUUCACCAUAUGGUGGACACUUUGGAGGAAUUUGGACAGCAGCAAAGGUGUUGGAAUCAGGCCUCUCAUACGGUAACAAGUAUAUACUGGUUGCCGUUGACUAUAUCUCCAAGUGGGUCGAAGCAGUUGCUCUCCCGACCAAUGAUUCGAAAGGGGUGACCAGUUUCCUCAAGAAAAAUAUUUUCACACGUUUUGGCACCCUCCGAGCCAUAAUCAGUGAUGGUGGCCCUCAUUUUUGCAAUAGAGCGUUUGCACGCCUAUUGGAGAAGUAUGGAGUUCGCCACAAGCUGGAUGAUGCAUUAUGCGCAUACCGCACAGCCUUCAAAACUCCAAUUGGUAUGUCACCAUACAAGUUGGUAUUUAAAAAGGCAUGCCACCUUCCGGUUGAGCUAGAACACAAAGCACUAUGGGCAUUGCGGCAGUUGAACUUAGACAUGGAGACAGCGGGCACCAACAGAGUUAAUGGAUUACAUGAGCUUGAGGAAUUCCGGUUCCAGGCAUUCGAGAGUGUUAUACUAUAUAAAGAAAGGAUGAAACUGAUGCAUGAUAAGCACAUCUUGGAUCGGAACUUCAAACCCGGAGAAUUAGUGUUGCUAUAUAACUCAAGAUUGAGGUUGUUCCCGGGUAAGUUGAAGUCCCGAUGGUCAGGACCGUUCAGAGUGGUGCAAAUGUUCCCAAGUGGAGCUGUGGAGAUCGAUCUGAAGAUGGGACGAACAAAGUCACAGUGA